CCAUUUUAAUUAAAGCCUUCAAUGUUCAAUCAAUCAUUAAUUAAAUCCUCCCCAAUAAAAAAAGUCAUCUCAACCAGAAAUUCAUUCCAACAUAGAAUUAGAAACAGAACCUAAAGAUCCACUGAAUUCCUCGCCCAGAAUCCGACGUUGUCGCAAAAACUCAACAACUUUUUAUUUUUCUUCGUAUAUUCCGAAAAUCUCCUUUCUGUUAUAACAAUAAGAUCUCUCUCUUAUUUAGUAAUCUAAAUCUAAAUCUACCCUCUCUCCUCGUUUUCUGAGUAUUUGGUUUUAGAAAGACGCUUUCGAUUUUGUCUUCUAUCUUCUGCGAUGGAAGCUAUGUUGAGUCACGCAACUGGGAUAUGUUCUCACUGUAAACGACCUAUCCCUGCUGCAAAUAUUGAUUUGCAUUAUGCUUAUUGUUUCCGGAACCUUCGAAAAUGCAAACUUUGCGAUGAUAUGAUUCCCAAAACAAUUGCAGAGCAUCACUAUUUAACCACUCAUGCGCCAGUAACCUGUUCAUUGUGCAGUGAGAUAGUGGGUCGUGAUGUCAUAGAUAUCCAUAAAGGUGAAAAUUGCCCUAGAAGGAUUGUCACUUGUGACUUCUGUGAAUUCCCAUUGCCAGCAAUUGAUCUAGCUGAGCAUCAGGAAGUAUGCGGGAAUCGAACAGAACUUUGUCACCUUUGUAACAAAUAUGUUAGACUUCGUGAGCAAUACAAUCAUGAAGUUAGGUGCAAUGGCGUUCAAGAUAGCGCUGCCGCUGUCGGCUCUUCAAGGAAUGUGAGGGAAGUUGAAAGAGGCGAAGGUGUCCGACGACGAAGGCAGCAGAAUGAGUUCUCAACUAAACGUCUUCUUUUCACAAUAGCCAUCACCGGUAUUGCUGUUAUAUUGGGAUCCAUUUUCCUACAGAAAAAGGCAGAUCCCAGUGAUCUGCAUUAGCAACAGAGGAGAAACAUUUAAUGAUCUCACAAUUCCGCUUUAUCUGUACAAUAAUUCAUUCGCCUGGUUCAGAAGUCUUAUGAGAUCUACUUUUUCCAGCGUAUUUAUUUAUAUAAUACAUUGGCAUUGUCAUUAUUAUAUAUAUAAAUAAAUAUCAUAUAACAUAAACAUUAUUGAAAAUGGUUAAUAUAGUUCUGCAUUUGUUGAAGAAAAACUCAAGUAACCAAGAGAUGUAUCCGAGUCUUUAUCUGAUAUAAGAUUUAUUAGAGCAAGUCAGGAAAGAAA